AUGUCUGAUCCUUUGUCGGUCGCUGGAACUGCUGUGGGAAUCGUGUCGCUUGGCCUGCAGGUUGUCCAAGGACUUUACGACUAUUGCCGCGCAGUCAAGAACCAAGAUGCCGACAUCGCUCACACCACCCAAAAAUUGGCGCAUCUCCUCGAAGUCCUGAAUAGCGUGAGUCAAGUACUCGAGAAGCGAAAGUUUCGAACAUGCGAUCGUGGCACCAUCGCCGCUGUCGAAGGUCGCAUAGUUAUCUGCGAGAAGAACAUCAAUGAACUCCAGGACGAGGCCAAUAAGUUCGGACCGCGCAAGUCUGGCAGCGGGUUGACCGCAACGAAAGCUCUGGCCCGCCAAGCAUUUUACCGAUUCCGGCAGAGCACAUUGCAGUCGCUUGAAAAGAACGUGGAUGAGACUGUCAAUCAUCUUUCAUUUGCACUGCAGCUGCUGCAGCAAACGGAUGUCAGCAACAUCCGAGAUCACAUCGAAGAUAGUACAGCUUUGCUUGGCUUGAUGAGGGCUGGGCAAAUCAACAGAGAUAUCCGAGGUUGGCUCAAGGCUCCCGACGCUACAAUUGACUUCAACAGCGCUCGCAAGAAGAGUCACCCCGGAACAGGACUCUGGCUCGUAAACGACGACCGCUUCUCGACUUGGCUCGAAGAUCCAAACUCUUUCUUGUGGAUCAACGGUUUUGCUGGUUCUGGCAAAUCAGUUCUGAGCUCCACGGCCAUUCAGCACACCUUUGCCAGGCGGGCGACCGCUUCAGGGACGGGAAUCGCUUUCUUUUUCUUCACUUUCCGCGAUACGAGUAAACAGAACCUCUCUUCUUUGCUCCGAGCGGUGGUGCUACAACUAUCUGGGCAACUUGACAAUGACUCAACUCUUUUCAAGCUUCACAACACCUAUAUCAACGUCACACCACCAGACGAUGCCUUGUUUGACUGCCUCAAGAGCCUCGUACAAUCAUUUCAACGCGUUUACAUCAUUAUAGACGCUCUUGACGAAAGUCCGCGGGAUAAGCACCGCGAAGAUGUGUUAGAGGCCUUGCAGAGCCUUCGCACUUGGGCUGAGCCGCGUUUGCAUCUCCUCGUCACCAGCCGAGACGAGGUCGACAUUCGAGAUGCUCUUGAAGUCUCAGCAGAGGAGUGUGUUGCUAUGAGCAAUGAGUCUGUAAACGGUGACAUUGCUUCAUAUGUUGCCCAACAACUCCGGGAACAGCGACAGCUUCGGAAAUGGGAAGACUUCCAUGAGCGGAUAGAGACUGUCUUGACUGAGCGGGCAAAGGGAGUCUUCCGAUGGGUUGACUGUCAGUUAAGGGCGAUUGCUAACUGCCCACGGAGCGAGGACUCGCUCGACCAACUCCUCAAAUCACUCCCUCAGUCACUGGACGAGACCUACGAGAGGAUGCUUCGCUCAAUUCCGCCCACCUCUCAGCAAUAUGCUCGGCAGAUUCUCCUCAUACUUUGUUGUGCCGACAAGCCUUUAGAGGCUGAUGUCAUCUGCGAUGCUCUUGCUAUUGAGCUUGAGCCUGAGCCCAGAUAUAACGCAAAGCGGAAACUGAAAGAUACCGAUUCCAUCUUGGAAGUUUGCCCAGGAUUCUUCGAUAUGUCGAUCAAAGACUCAUACAACGCGAAGAAAAUAAAUGCGUCGUCUGCAAUUUUUAUGGCUGUAGAUUGCGGUUUGGACUCAAUUGUGGCUGCGCUGCUCUUCGACAACAACGUCAAGGUGGACGAAGUACAACAGUUUCCUGAAUAUCCUUACGACAGGACUGCUUUGAUGAGUGCGUCAGAAAAGCUUUCGGCCAAGACAGUGCAGCUUCUCAUCGACCGCGGUGCAGAUGUCAAUUUUGCUUCUGCUAAAGGAACCCCUUUGAUGAGCGCAGCGCGUGCUGGACGGAUGGAAACAAUUCUGCUCCUCCUGGAAAAUCACGCUGACAUCAACCUUGGUGCUAGCAAUGGUGAGACGCCAUUGAUAUCGGCAGUGAAAAGGGGUCGUGAAGAUGUCGUUCGGCUCUUGAUCGACCGCGGCGCCGAUGUCAAUGGUAAAGGUGGCCACCGCACCCCACUACACCAUGCUGUGAGGAAACAUGACAACAAGAUUGCCGGAUUGCUUAUUGAGCAUGGAGCCAGACUCGAUGCUCUUGCCGUCGAUGGUGUCAGUGUAUUGCAGGAUGCCAUAUAUUAUGGAAAUGGGGAUAUCGUCCGCUUUCUUCUGGAACGCGGUGCUAACCCGAACAUCGAGGGUGACCCAGAGAUAUGUGCUCACACCACUCUCUGCUGGGCUGGAAUAUAUAGCAAGUCGGAUGUUGUGCGCCAACUCCUAGAACACGGUGCUCACCCCUACAUAUCAAGAUCCUCAAAAGUCACCGUCCUACAGUACGCAGCAGGGAACGGUGACGACGAGACCGUAGCCGCUUUUAUCGAAGCCGGUAUGGACCCUACCAGCUGCGGCCCGGUUGAGGAACAUGACGGCAGGUACGCUGGGAACGCACUGGAUAUUGCGAGGCGUAAUGGUCGUCAAGACGUGGUCGAGUACUUGGAGAGGCUUCCACAGUUUUCUCACUCGGGCGGCAGGGAGUUUGAUUCCUGA